AUGCAAGAGUCUGCUUUUGGAGGGUUUGAGAGGAAGGCACAAGCAGGUGCUGGGGGACAGGGACAGCCCUGGAGCUCUGACUAUACAGAGGGACAUGACAGCAGCAGCACCUGGGAGGGGCCAUGUCCCCUGCCCCACCCAGCAGCUGUCCUGGGCAACCAGGGUGGCUCCUCUGUGACCUCGCUGCGGAACCAGUGGAACCGGUCAGUGUGCACCAUGCUGUGCUGCCUGCUGCUCCUCGCCCUGCUGCUGGGGGCUGCCCUCCCACAGCCUGUGCACCAGAGGGACAGCUACUCAGUUCCUGACGAUUUCUCUGCUCCCCUGGAGCUUCCACAGAAGCACUUUGGCCUGGUGGAUGAUUACGGCAUCAAGCCCAAGCAGCCCCGGUUCAGCACGCGGGCGGCGCCGGAGCGGCCAGUGCACCUGCGCCGGGCUGGCAAGAGCAAGCGCGACGGGCUGGACCUGCUGCAGUACUACGAUGAUGGGCGCCUGUGAGCCAGCGUGCCCCGUGUCCCACAGCCCAGGCUGCUGUGUCAUCAUACUGCAAGAGACUGACUCUGCCACUGCAAUUAAAAGUCACCCCAGAUGGAUGUGACAGGAAGCUGUGCCAUGGUCACAAGGAGAUGCUGUCACCCCAGCCUGCAGCUGGAAAGGGCACGAGCACGCUACUGCCCCCCCACAACUGCUCACAAGCAGGGCACCCAGUGGGUGCUUCUCCAAUAGAAUAAACUAAGAAUAUUUUGUACAAUG